AUGCGCCUCGUCGUGGAAAGUAUCGGCCUGCGCGACUCAACGCUCCGACCAAGAGAGAUUGGCGAGGUCUUGUUCGACUACGAACUUCAGAACGCGCCCGGCAAAUCAAUCAUUGGCCUGCAGCUGGUACUCCCGCCCAACGGCUGGACCCCGCCGCACCGUCACGGCGGCGCCCAGGUCGUGGCCGUCAUCCAGGAGGGCGAGAUGCUGAGCGGCAUGAACGGCAACCCUCCCAAGGUGUACAAGCCAGGCCAGACGUUCAUGGAGCUGCCCGGUUGCCACCACACCGUCGGAGACAACAACAGCAAGGACGAGCGUUGCAAGUUCAUGGCCAUAAUGGUCGUUGACACCGACGUUGUGAAGAAAGGGGGCUAUAAAGCAUUGACGGUUCUCGAUGAGGGUUGGUAG